AUGUUAACCCUCAUCAUCUCCAUCUGGCUCAACAUUUACCUUGCAGUUGGAGAUGUCAAUAUUCCACUGAACAAGCUUCCCCUUCUGAAUAAAUCUACCGAUGGAGAGUGGAAGCGAGUCGCCCCUGAGCAUGGAGGGGGCGUCUAUGCGUUGAUCGAGACAUUUCACCAGAUCCACUGCCUGCUCUCCGGCCGGAAGGAUGUCAUCCGCCAAUAUACCUACCGCGACGAAUGGGACUACAGCAAGACCCCUGCCUUCGACGCUGAGCCACAUCUAGUGCGCGCACAUGUUGAUCACUGCAUUGAAACCAUCCGGUUGAAUCUCAUGUGUGUCGGAGAUGUGACACCGUUUCUGACGAUAUCCUCGCCUUCAAGGCCUUUGGGAGAGCUGCCGGACUUCAACACGAAGCAUAAAUGUCGCAAUUUCACGAAAUUGCAAGAAUGGAUGAGGCAGAAUUCAAUUCCAGCCUAG